CCACCUCCUGAGAUCCCGACCGGUCCCCGAGUCUUCACCGCACCUGCCGUCUCUCCACCUCCGGCCGGCCGAUCCAUCCAAGUGCCAUGAGCUGGUGGUGGGCCGGCGCCAUCGGCGCCGUCAAGAAGCGCCAGGACGAGAACGCCGCCGCGGCCGAGCCCACCUUCCAGAGCGUCGCGCUCGUCGUCGGAUCCACCGGCAUCGUCGGCACCUCCCUCCUCGACAUCCUCCCGCUGCAGGACACCCCCGGCGGCCCCUGGAAGGUCUACGCGCUCUCCCGCCGCCCGCUCCCGCCCUGGUCCCCGCCAUCCUCCCCCGCCGUCACGCAUCUGCACCUCGACCUCGCCGACUCCGCCGCCGUCGCCGACGCCCUCGAGCCCCUCAAGGACAUCACCCACGUCUUCUACGCCGCCUGGUCCAGCCACCCCACCGAGGACGACAACCGCCGGGCCAACUCCGCCAUGCUCCGCAACGUCCUCUCCGUCGUCGUCCCCAACUGCCCCGCGCUCGUCCACGUCUGCCUCCAGACCGGCCGCAAGCACUACGUCGGCCCCUUCGAGGCCAUCGGCAAGAUCCCCGCCCCGGACCCGCCCUACACCGAGGACAUGCCCCGCCUCGAUUACCCCAACUUCUACUACGACCAGGAGGACGUCCUCUUCGACGAGGUCUCCCGCCGCGACGGCGCCGUCAGCUGGUCCGUGCACCGACCCACACUGGUCUUUGGAUUCUCUCCCCGGAGCGCCAUGAACGUCGUAGGCAGCCUGUGCGUCUACGCCGCCAUCUGCCGCAAGGAGGGCUCCGUGCUGCGGUGGCCUGGAUCCAAGGUCGUCUGGGAGGGUUUCAGCGACGCCUCGGACGCCGACCUCAUCGCCGAGCACGAGAUCUGGGCGGCGGUCGAUCCGUUCGCCAAGAACGAGGCUUUCAACUGCAGCAAUGGGGACUUGUACAAGUGGAAGCUGCUUUGGCCGAUGCUGGCCGAUCACUUCGGGGUGGAAUGGGCUGGGUAUGAAGGGGAGGAGAACCGGUUCAAGCUUGAAGAGGCUAUGGCGGGGAAGGACGCUGUCUGGGCGGAAAUUAUUCAGGAGAACGAGCUCAUCUCCACCAAGCUGGAGGAGAUAACCAAUUGGUGGUUCGUCGAUACCAUGUCAAACUUGGAGAUCGAGCAUUUGGACAGCAUGAACAAGAGCAAGGAGCACGGCUUCCUUGGCUUCCGGAACACCGUCAACUCCUUCAACACAUGGAUCGAGAAGAUGAAGGUUUUCAAGAUUGUUCCCUGAUACUUUCAUUUCCACUACUUCACUAUCUAUUGUUGUUUACUUCACAAGCAGCAGCAUCUCAUUUUCUUUCUCCUUUAUCAAGUUACUCUUCAAUUUAGUGUCGUUACAAAGUCCUUGUGCGUUUGGGAAGGUCACAUGUUGUAAAAUCUUGUAAUCUAGAAUAAACUAGAACCAAAUAAAGCUCAUAGUAUCCUGAAUUGCCAA